AUGCGUUCAUCAGUGCAUUUUAAUGCACGUCGAGCGGCCCGAAGUUUACUUUUGAAAGACAAUCAUCUUGAACAGAGUCGGAGUGAGAAUGAUGAUGAAAUUGACGACGGGUUUUAUGAAGGUUUCGAAAGUCCACCUGGCACUUCGCAGUCUACUUCUGGCACCAGCUAUCCACCUAAACAAGAAACUGCAGUUUUGGUAAAGAUGUUCCAGUACUUUUAUAGACAUAGUGCUAAAAGGAUUCCUGUCAAUAUACCCAGCAAUUACGCACGAUCUGGACAUAUAUCCGACUUGCCUGGUCCCGACUGA